AUGCAACAAAUUGAAGAAUAAUAAGAAAAAGACAAUGAAAUAGUUUAUUAAAAUGUUUAUAAUUCAAGCUUAUUUCGAAAAUUAACUACUCAAUAAAUUAGGAAAAUUCUUAAUCCUUACAAGUAAAAUGCAAAAGAAGUUUUAUAAGAGUUAUCAAAUUAAAUUGAUACUUUAGAAGAGGGAUUAAAAAAAUAUUAAAAUGAAAAUACUAUGAUACCUCCAAGUAAAUAAUAAAUUUUAGAUAUUCUUUAAUAAAAUACUGCAUUUACUCCUACUGAAUCAAUUUAAUCAUUAUUAUCAGAGAAAACAAAAUUAAAAACAAGUUACCUUCAUGUUGAUAAUUUAUACAUGUAUUUAAUAACAAAUACUAAUUAGUAAUUAGGAUGAGCAUAUACCUUAAACUAAAUUAGAAAUAAUGUAAAUGGCUUUAUCUAAUAAGGUUAUAUAAAAAUAGUAAAGAAAAGCUAUUAAAUCAGAUGAUCUAACAAAAAAGAGAAAGAUUAUCAUGCAAAUUUAAUAGAGGAUUAAUUAAGAUGAAAUUAUGAGAAAGAAAAAAGAAGAAGAAGAAAAACUUAGAUUAUUGGAAGUACAAUUAUAUUAUAAUAUAGAAAUAAGCUAGAGAGAUAGAUGUAGGAUAAUUGACUUUAAAUAUGAUUUCUGAUUUGAGAAAAAAAUAUUUUAAUGAAUUAGUUUCAACUGAUACAGAAGAGAAAUUUAAGAGAAUAAAAGAAAUUAAAGAAGUUUAUGUUCCAUAAUAACUUAAUAAAGUUAAAGAAGGAUGUAUAUCAUUAAUAAUAUGAUAAAGAUCAAAAAUAAUAGUAAGAAAAAUUAAAACAUGAUUUAGUAUCAAAGAAAUCAUAGUUUAAUUCAUAUUACUAAUUACUUGCUUUAGAGAGAACAAUGAAAAGAGUUGUGGCUCUUAAACUUAAACCAGAAAUUAAAUCUUAUUCACGAUUUAAAGGUGCUGAAGUUCCAAAGAAUUAUGCUUCUAUUAAUAGUAUUGUAAAAGGAAUAAUUCAUACAGCCAAAAAUUCAGAAAAUAAAGGUUCAAUUUGA